UCCGCGUUGCCAGGUUACCUCCUCUCUACUGGCCCCACCCUGCCCUCCGCAUUGUUAUGGCAACGCCCGCUUCCUCCAGGGCCUCCUUCAAGGUGGUGCCGGUGUUUGGUCCCGCCCCUUGCGCCCUCUACUUCCGUUUUGGGAGAGAUCUGGAGGCUUCCGCUUCCGGUGCCUCUGAAGCCCGCUGCCCGGCAGUAUGGCCGCGCGGCCGCCCCUUCGCGUGUUGUGCCUGGCGGGUUUCCGGCAGAGUGAACGCGGAUUCCGCGAGAAGACCGGAGCUUUGAGGAAGGCGUUGCGGGGGCGCGCGGAGCUCGUGUGUCUUAGUGGUCCCCACCCAGUCCCCGAUGCAGCGGGCCCCGAGGGUGUCGGGACAGACUCCGGGACCUGCCCCCCGGAGGAGCGGCCUCGGGGCUGGUGGUUUUCGGAGGAGGCAGACGCUUUCAACGCCCUGGAAGAGCCCACGGUGUGCCGCGGCCUGGAGCAAGCCCUGGGGACGGUGGCACAGGCCCUGGACAAGUUGGGGCCUUUUGAUGGACUCCUUGGCUUCAGCCAGGGGGCUGCACUGGCAGCCCUUGUGUGCGCCCUGGGCCAGGCUGGUGAUCCGCGCUUUCCCUUGCCUCGAUUUAUCAUCCUCAUCUCUGGUUUCUGUCCCCGAGGCCAUGGCCUCAGAGAACCUAUCAUGCAGAGCCUCUUGUCACUGCCUUCGCUCCAUGUUUUUGGGGAUACUGAUCGAGUCAUCCCCUCUCAGGAGAGUAUGCAGCUGGCAAGCCGAUUCCCGGGAUCCGUGACCCUAACCCACUCUGGUGGCCACUUCAUUCCAGCCGCUGCACCUCAGCGCCAGGCCUACCUCAAGUUCCUGGACCAGUUUGCAGAGUGAAAGAUCAGCAAACACCUCUGCCCUUGCAUUCUCCCACCUUGGGGCAGCCUCUGUGACGUUGCCUCACUCUUUGAGCGCGGUGGAGGUCCUCUGGGACCUCUGCUGUUGUGCUGACAUGCUUCCCCUCAAAACCAGUUAAAAGACAACUAUCCAUACUCAAGACUACUUAUGUGACCCGUGCUCUGCACUGGAGAAAAAGGAAGUAGGCCACCUUAGUGGAUUUUGGUCUCUGAAACUCAAACGUGAACAGGGCUGGGUGUGAUGGUGCAUGCCUUUAAUAUCAGCAUUCUGGGAGGCUGAGGCAGGAGGAUCACUGAGUUCAAGCCCAGCCUUGAACUACACAGCAAUACCCUGUCUUAAAAACAAAAGAAACAACAAAAACAUGAAAAAGAUGAGAGAACCCUGGAUGAGGGAGAGUGGACUGGCAAGAACUGGUACCACUGAGUGCCAGUGAAGCGGUAGUUUGUAUUUUGAGUAUCUUUUUCCUGGUACAUACUGAAAAAUAAUUUUUUUUCCUAGCUGUUCACAGCCCCUUGUUCUCUAGCUAUUCACAGCUUCUUGGCCAGUACCAAGGCAGGAGUUGCUUCCAGUUAUGAGCUUCCAGGACAGGCUUAUGUAUGUGGGCACUCAACAUUUUUGGUGGAAGUCUUAAGAAAUUGAGGGCCAAGCCUGGUGGCACUCACCUACAAUCCUGGCAUUUGGGAGGCUGAGGCAGGAGGAUCCUUGAAAAUUCCAGACCAAUCUAGGCUACAUAGUGAGUUCAAAUCCAGCCUGAACUGCAUAGUGAGAUCCUGUCUCAGAAAGAAAUUGAAAGAGUUCGUGGCUGAAUCGUGAAAGAAUUUACAUCUGAGUUUUGGAGAAGAGAUCAUCUGGCAAGGCCCUGCCUGGCUUCUUUCAUCCUGAUUCCUGAGUUCUGUUCCCAUCUUCCCUCAGUCCCUGCCUUCUAUUUUCUCCACCAUAACUGUCCUGCCCCUCUAAACUAUGAAUUUGAAGGGUGGGGUGUCGCCAGACCUUGGGCAGAGGCCAAAGUGCACUGAAUAACUUGACCACAUCUGCAGAGUUUCUGAAAUAAAUGCUAUUCACAACUGGU